AUGGAGGAGGAAGCCGGCGGUUCCGUGCAGAGGCUUCCGUGGCAUGUGCGGGCGCUCCUCCUGUUCCUCGGCUGCGCAGUGGCCGUCAUCAUCGGGCUCGUCGGCUACUACGGGGGCCGUGACCCGCCCAACUUCUCCGUGUCCGUCUCCAGCUACGAGGGCCUCGACGUCCGGAGCGGCGACCCGGCGGCCGUGCCGCCCGCCUUCCGCGUCGUCCUCCGAGUCGGGAACCCCCUCCGCAGGCGGCGCUGCUUCACGCAGGGGAGCGCGGUGGUGGAUCUUGACGGCGUGCCCCUCGCGCGCGCCGACAGUCUCCCUGGGUUUUGCGUCCCCGGACAGAGCGUCCAUGAGGUGCCCUUCGUGGCCACCGGCGGCUGGCUCGGGCUGCCGGACCAGCUGUACCACGACCGCGUGCCGAUGUCGGUGGCUGUGCGGGUGAGGCUGGACGGAGGCAAUUAUUGGCCCGUCCUGCUGCGCUGCACCGCGACGCUGGAUGGGCGGCCGUCGCCCAACUGCCCGUGGUUCAACAUGCUCGAGCGAGUCCCUUCCCGAGUUUCCUUUCCAAUUGUUUUUUACUUAUUUUCACUUGCCUUCAUUUAUUUCGUCGGAGUCCCACCUCUUUUGUCCCGUCCCACUGCUCUGGCUAGGAGGCGGGCGACCGCGGCCAGCGUCGGAGAGGGCGGCGACUGCGGCAACGACGCAUCCUGCACGGCCAGCGUUGGAGAGGACGGCGACUGCGGCAACGGCGCAUCCUACUCGGCCGGCAUCGGAGAGGGCGGUGCUGCUCGGGACGGGGAGAGUUGCGACGCCGCAGUCGGCGGUAGCUGCGAUGGGAAUAGUUGCUCUCGUGUUCUUCUUCGUCCAGCUGGGAAGAGUUCGGCGAUUCGCGAGCGCAGAAGGCCUGGUUGCCGCCGACGUGAUGGAAGGAGAUGCAAAGCUAUUUACCAAGGAACAUGUGAUUACGUUGUAAGCAGCCAACCACCAGGCUCCGUUUCGCAGUUUGCAUUCCCGGACCCCUUGUAUUCCUCGCCGAUCGGAUCCACCCCCACCGACAGCCGCAGUCACUCGUCUCCGUCAGGGCACCACUUCAGCCGCUAUAAUCCUCCUCAAGUUUGCAUUCCCGGACCCCUUGUAUUCCUCGCCAAUCGGAUCCACACCGACCUACAUCGCAAUCGCUCGUCUCCGUCAGGGCACCACUUCAGCCGUUGGAAUCCUUUGAUUCUUCAGUUUUCAAUCUUUGACCUUAUGUGUUCAGUCAUAUGGCGCUUUCUUUUCAUUGCUUCAUUGCUCAGUUUGCAUUCCCGGACCCCUUGUAUUCCUCGCCGAUCGGAUCCACCCCCACCGACAGCCGCAGUCACUCGUCUCCGUCAGGGCACCACUUCAGCCGCUAUAAUCCUCCUCAAGCAUGGCAGGGUGCAGCUGUAUGUCUGUCUAAUGGAAUUGAUCACUAUAUGUUUGAUGCCUCAUGAAUUCUUAAGCAGCGUGGUGUGGCUUUGUUGGACGGUGGGAGUCUCGGCUAGUGUGGCCUGGGUGUGACCAGCGGAGGAGUGUCUGAUUCCUCCAGCGCAUGCGCUGUUUCUAACAAGGGCUGGCAGAAGCAUUAUGAUGGGUGUUGUCCCUUGGCUUGGUUUUAUAUCAUUUCUCUGAGUCUCCAAGUUUUGCACUUCCUUCAUUGCCUGAAUCUCUCAGCCUGAAUUCCUGGACAUCCUGUAUUGCUGCACAACUGGAUACAUUCUGACCUACUGCAGCAGUUAUUUGUCUCCAUCCAGAACGAAUCAGGUUCCAACAGCAACCUCCGCACUCCUCCUUGAUGGUCCUGUUGGACCUAAGGUCAUAGCAACUUAUCUUCGUUCCGCAUGAAUCAGGAACAACAUGUCAGCAACCUGUUUCAUGGGCCUGGCUUUUUUGCAUAAGGCUCUUUUUCAUCAGAACAUGCGCUCAGCACGUUGAUAAGGUGAUCGGGACCAUACCUUAGGUUGCAAAGCAUCUUCAAGUGGAUGUAGGGUUUCUUGCAGAUCUUCUUUUCCUUCCUUCUUGUCUGAUGGGAGCUCUUCUUCCCCGUCUAUUGUUUUGGGGGUAGGAUCCUCUCGAUCUGGAUCCAGAUAGGAGCAGGGAAUGGUUGGGAAAGAAUGGUUGGGGUGGUCGCAGCACGUGAGGCGUUUUCUUGGUGAAGAAGAAGGCCAGGCAGCUGUUUUGGGCCUUUUUUCAUGGGCUUUCUUGUGAUACGUGGUGGAUUUAGUUUUGGGAAACAUCGGACUGAAAAACGGCUUGUACUAAAAUCUGUCUGUUUUGGGUUAAUGAAACAGACACUUAUUUCGUUUUA